AAUUUUAUAUCCCUAUUGUAGUCACGUAGAAAUAAAUUAGCCUCAAUAAUUAAUUGUUUACAUUAAGUUAAAUUUUAUAUCCAUAAUAUAUUAAGAAUAAUUAUUGCCAUAAGUAUGUGCAAACAAGAAAGGAAAUAAAUAAAUUCAACUCACAAAUAUUCACUAUGAUGGGCAGAUGGGAUGAUAUUGCAAUUUCUUAAAAUAUUUGCGUCCGUGAACAGGAACAACGCAUAUUUGCGUUUGUACAGACGGAAAACAGGAGAAAACGCAAUUUGCGUUUGGCGUUGAGUGUCGGUUGGAAUAAAAAUACUGCAUUUUUUAAGUUUUGAGUAUCGGUUGGAGAAGCUCUAAGCCCGGCUGAAAUUUGUAAAAGCUCCUGCUUCGAUAUCAUCCAUUUGGAUGAUAAUAUUUGCCACGUACUUGACAUGAGGGGUUUGAAAUUCAGUUGGUUAAAAAUUCAUCUAUUUUGCCCCUUUCGGUCCAGAUUGCAGGGCGGAUCUCGUGUCAUCUAUCUUCGUUUUUGUGCUAAACAAUCAAAAUUUGAUUUUGUGGCACAAUGUCAGCGGCAGAUGAGCCACUGUACCCGAUAGCAAUAUUGAUAGACGAGCUAAAGAACGAUGAUAUUCAACUGCGACUGAAUUCCAUACGUAGAUUAUCCACCAUAGCUCGUGCACUGGGAGAAGAGAGGACUCGAAAGGAGUUAAUCCCGUUCUUGAGCGAAAACAAUGAUGAUGAUGAUGAAGUGCUACUUGCUAUGGCCGAAGAGUUGGGCGUGUUCAUUCCUUAUGUUGGAGGAGUUGACUAUGCAGAUGUUUUGCUUCCUCCUCUGGAGACCCUUUGCACUGUGGAGGAGACUUGUGUGAGGGAAAAAGCUGUGGAGUCCUUGUGCAGGAUCGGGUCACAGAUGAAGGAAAAUGAUCUUACCUAUUGGUUUAUUCCUCUCGUGAAGAGGCUGGCAGCUGGCGAGUGGUUUACUGCUAGAGUCUCAGCCUGUGGGUUGUUUCAUAUUACUUACUCAAGUGCUCCAGAUACAUUAAAGACAGAAUUAAGGUCAAUAUAUAAUCAGUUGUGUCAAGAUGAUAUGCCCAUGGUAAGAAGGGCUGCAGCAACAAACUUGGGGAAAUUUGCUGCCACUGUUGAAGCUGCACAUCUCAAAACUGAAAUCAUGUCCAUGUUCGAGGAACUUACCCAGGAUGAUCAGGAUUCUGUUCGAUUGCUUGCUGUUGAGGGUUGUGCCACUCUUGGAAAGUUAUUGGAACCUCAAGACUGCAUUGCGCAUAUUCUCCCCGUGAUUGUAAAUUUCUCACAGGAUAAGUCUUGGCGUGUCCGGUACAUGGUUGCCAAUCAGUUGUAUGAGCUUUGUGAGGCAGUGGGACCCGAACCUACCAGGACGGAGUUAGUUCCUGCUUAUGUCCGAUUACUUCGAGAUAACGAAGCAGAAGUGCGGAUAGCCGCUGCUGGAAAACUUACAAAGUUUUGCCGGAUUCUUAAUCCUGAACUUGCUAUCCAGCAUAUUCUUCCCUGUGUGAAAGAAUUGUCAUCUGAUUCUUCUCAGCACGUGAGGUCUGCUUUGGCUUCUGUCAUUAUGGGAAUGGCUCCUGUUUUGGGGAAGGAUGCAACGAUUGAACAACUUCUACCUAUAUUCCUUGCCCUUUUGAAAGAUGAAUUUCCCGAUGUUCGUCUCAAUAUAAUUAGCAAGCUAGAUCAAGUUAAUCAGGUGAUUGGUAUUGAUUUACUCUCCCAAUCUUUAUUACCUGCUAUUGUUGAACUAGCAGAGGAUAGGCACUGGAGGGUUCGGCUCGCCAUCAUAGAAUAUAUACCAUUAUUGGCCAGUCAGCUUGGUGUUGGAUUUUUCGAUGAUAAGCUAGGCGCCCUUUGCAUGCAGUGGCUACAGGACAAGGUGUACUCAAUUCGAGAUGCUGCAGCUAAUAAUUUGAAACGUCUGGCUGAAGAAUUUGGCCCAGAGUGGGCAAUGCAGCAUAUAGUUCCUCAGGUUUUGGAUAUGGUAAACAAUCCGCAUUAUUUGUACCGAAUGACUGUCCUUCGUGCAAUUUCCUUGCUUGCCCCUGUCAUGGGUUCCGAGAUAACUUGUUCUAAGUUACUGCCCGUCAUUGUUACUGCAUCGAAGGAUAGGGUACCCAACAUUAAGUUUAACGUGGCGAAGGUACUACAGUCCAUGAUCCCGAUUGUUGACCAAUCCGUGGUGGAGAAAACUAUACGGCCGAGCUUGGUGGAGCUUGGGGAGGACCCUGAUGUGGAUGUUCGGUUUUUCGCCAACCAAGCUCUUCAGUCGAUCGAUAACAUGUCAAGCUAAGACAAAUUCCGUGCUAUCUGAAUGUAAUUGAUAGUUUUUCUACUUUAGUAUCGGAUAAAUCUACAUAUGUAUGUACUAAACGAAAAGACUCGAUGUAUUUUGUUUAACUUGUUGAGGUAUCUUCACUUUUGUUUUGUUCGCUCAUGGCUUCUUGUGGUCGCAUUGAACUUUUUGUAUGGCUAAUUUUCAAGGCUUUUGAGCUAUGAUGAUAUCUUACUCUCUCCGUUUAAUAGAAAACCUUUUAUUUUUUAGUGAGUACA